UGUGCAGUGAGCCGGUAGUCUGGAGCAUCCAAUUUCCCCCCGCUCUGCAUGCUACGUGAUAGCCCGGCUCCGGUUCCACAAGCGAAUGCUGUACGAUACCGCGUAUCUGGGAAAGCCAUUCGCCGAGCAAUUGAUGGAGGGAGCCAAAGGAAACGGUGCGCGGCUCUCCUACUUUUGGGUUUAAUUGGGGUUGAACGACAUGUAAAUCGACUGGGCGGCGACUCGAGUAGCCUUCUCCAGACUCGCAUUCGGCUGGCGGUUUACUUCGAAUUGUCUCGCAGUUUUGUUCGUUUCAUUUCUUAAAAUGAAAGGAAUGGUUCUAAUUGCUGGCUUCGUCAUGUUGUUCUUGGAAGCGGGUCGCUCAGCUCAGGGCGAGUACGCCCGGAAGCUUCUGAACGACCUGAUGGAGAACUACUCCAACGCUCUGCGCCCCGUGGAGGACACAGACAAGGCCCUGAACGUCACCCUGCAGAUCACCCUGUCCCAGAUCAAAGACAUGGACGAGAGAAACCAGGUGCUGAUUGCAUAUCUGUGGAUCAGACAGACGUGGCACGAUACCUAUCUGAAGUGGGACAGGGAAGCCUAUGACGGACUGGAGGUCAUCCGCAUCCCCAGCAACCUGGUCUGGAGACCCGACAUCGUCCUCUAUAACAAAGCGGACGAUGACUUCUCUGGCCCGGUAGACACCAACGUGGUCCUGCGCUACACUGGUGAGAUCACCUGGGACUCCCCCGCCAUCACCAAGAGCUCCUGCGUGGUAGACGUGUCCUACUUCCCCUUCGACAACCAGCAGUGCAACCUCACCUUCGGCUCCUGGACCUACAAUGGCAACCAGGUGGACAUCACCAUGGGGAUGAGCAGCGGGGACCUGUCGGACUUCGUGGAGAACGUGGAGUGGGAGUGCCACGGCAUGCCGGCCACCAAGAACGUCAUCAUGUACGGCUGCUGCUCGGACCCGUACCCGGACAUCACCUACACCGUGCUGCUCAAACGCCGCUCCUCCUUCUACAUCUUCAACCUGCUCAUCCCGUGCGUGAUGAUCUCCUUCCUGGCCCCGCUGGGCUUCUACCUGCCGGCCGACUCCGGGGAGAAGGUGUCCCUGGGCGUGACGGUGCUGCUGGCCCUCACCGUCUUCCAGCUCAUGGUGGCUGAGAGCAUGCCGCCCUCUGAGAGUGUGCCUCUCAUAGGGAAGUACUACAUAGCCACAAUGACCAUGAUCACAGCCUCCACCGCCCUGACCAUCUUCAUCAUGAACAUCCACUUCUGCGGCGCCGAGGCCAAGCCCGUCCCUCAGUGGGCCAAAGUGCUCAUCAUCGACUACAUGUCCAAGAUCUUCUUUGUGUACGAGGUGGGCGAGAACUGCACCUCGCCCCAGACCGAGCGCAGCCCGCUCCACGCCGACGAGCCCCACACCAACGGGGACCUGAAGAAGCACCGUCGCCCCGACGACGGGCACCGGCCCCGUCACCACGGCAACGGCGAGACGCUGCCCCGCGGGCUCUCCCGGGACCGCGAGAAGGAGGACGAGGGCUGCUGCGGCGAGAAGGCGGCGGCGGCGUACGCGUGCUCCUGCGGCCACCACGACAAGCUCCUGAGGAACGUGGAGUACAUCGCCACCUGCUUCCGCGAGCAGAGGGCCACCUGCGCCAAGGGCGCCGAGUGGAAGAAGGUGGCCAAGGUCAUGGACCGCUUCUUCAUGUGGAUCUUCUUCAUCAUGGUCUUCCUCAUGAGCGUACUGGUCAUUGGCAAAGCCCCCUGACACUCAAUGCCUGAUUUUUUUUUUUUAAACAUGUUCUGUCAGCCCUUAUUGGUUGGCUAAAAAAAUCUACUUCAAAUAUGUGGAUGAAUAUUUUUUUUCCUGGCUUAAAUGAUUAAAAUUGGCUGUAUUAUGGAACAUGAAUUUACUUUGAUCUCAAUAAUAUCAACACUAGCAGUGUUUGUAAAACUGUGGUCGUCCAGUUACAUUGAAGAGUCAGGUGUCUGCCCUCCGUCUUAUACAGUAUAUGUACGUGACAAUAUUAAUAAUCAGAAAGCAUUACCGAAGUUUAAGUCCUGUGACUUUACUGUAUACCAGUUUUAAAUGAUUUAUCUCCAGUUUUUGUUUUGU